AGCAGGCGGCAGUGAAUACUGGAACUGGAUAGGUUUAUUUAAUCUUUAUUGUAUGUUUUUAUACAUCGCGUUCAUCACUUCAGCAGUCAGUGUGCCCAAAUGAUCGUCGGGGUUCCGUCUUGGAUUCCAUUGUAGCUCGUAAUUGCCAUUAUUAUUAUUUUAGUGUUUUUUUAAUGAGACAUGAAUGUUUAUUGUUGUUCUUAUAAUAUGUCUAAUAACUAAUAACCAUCAUUAGUUAUCUAACUCGAACGAAUUAAUUAUCAAUAUAUACAAUUAGUUUUAACCUUUGCCCUCGCCGUCUUCAUUAUGAACGCUGUAAAAAGGAUUGUGUCAGUCGCGUAUCUAAUAAUAUUGGUCACAUUAGUUCAGAGUGAAAACUGUACGGUAAAGAAAACGUAUAAUGGAACUAUUACAAGAGAACGUCUUAUGACUUGCCCAUCGUCUGAAUCGGAUAAAGAUGCAAAAUUUUGUUGUUACGAUAAGUUUGACAGCGUCGAUUGCUGCAAUGGUGCUGACCAUUUACGCCAUUUAAUUCUAAAAUUCAUGCCAGACCUGUUAAUAGUUCUGUUGAUAAUUGUUGGUCUGAUAUUGGCAUGUUGUGUUGUUUGUAUCUGUAUUCCAUGUUACUGCAUCAUGAGCCGCCGUCGCCCGAUUUAUAAAGAUUCAAAUGAUAAUGCAAAUAUGGUUGCUGCCGUUUCUUUGCCCAAUGAAUCAGAAGAACAAAAAUAAUACCAAAAAAAGAAGUUACUCAUCAUUUGCCUCCAGGAGCUUAUCCUGUUUAUCCACAAUUCAUGGGAAUGCAACCAUUAAAAUCGACUGAAGUAAAUUGUUAAUUCACACAUCACAAUAACAAUAGCUGUUCUUAUAAAAAGCCAAAGCAUGUUAUUAUUUAUAUUAUAUUUAUUUGUGCCAUCAACUAAGUAACGAAGGUUUGUGAAUGACUACAUUUUUUUCUUUUAUUCUUAUCUUUAAAUUUUCGACUUUUAUAGUCGUCUAGCUAUCAAAAGAAUAUUAUUAUCUUAAAUAUUAAGUUACCUAGUUUUGAACUGAUUAUGGUUAGAAUUACUUUUCAUAAUAUAUAAGCAUAAAAAAUAAGACUUCAUGUGUUUGCCUUAAAAGAAUAUAUCAGCACAAUAUUUUGUAUAAAUAUUUAUGA